CCAUAUUAGUAGUCUGCUGAUGAUUUGAUUGGAUAGAUGAUGAGACGGGUGAUCAGAAAGAAGUAAUUGUAUUUUUAUGAAUAAGAGGAAGAGAGGAAAAGAGAGAGGAUUGCACAUCUGGAAAUGCUGGUAUUCGUCAUUCGAUAUUUUCAGCAAAUGAAUUGAACAACACAUUUUGUUGUACAACGCUGUCUGGAAAACAUCUCCCUUCCCUCUGGCAGAAGAAUCGCAGUGUGUUUCAGUUGGACAGACGGUGUGAGUGGACGGUGUGAGUGGAGCAGAGAGAACCGAGGAUGGGGGGCGGAGGUCAACAGACGGAGUCAAGCGAGCCGGCCAAGGGUGACAGGGGUGGGCCCGGUGGAGGGCGAGGUGGCAGUGCAGUCUACACCUGGGAAGAGGUCCAGAAGCACUGCCACAGAGGCGACCAGUGGUUGGUCAUCGACAGGAAGGUCUAUAAUAUUACCCAGUGGGCGAAGAGACACCCGGGGGGCAUCAGGGUCAUCAGUCACUUUGCUGGAGAAGAUGCCACGGAAGCAUUUGUCGCAUUCCAUCCCGAUCCUAAUUUUGUCAGGAAGUUUCUGAAGCCGUUGCUGAUUGGAGAGCUGGCACCGACAGAGCCCAGCCAGGACCAUGGGAAAAACACAGCACUGGUGCAGGACUUCCGGGCCUUGCGCCACCGUGUGGAGAGUGAGGGUCUUCUCCGUGCCCGCCCCCUCUUCUUCAGCCUCUACCUGGGCCACAUCCUGCUACUAGAGGCCCUGGCUUUGGGCCUGCUCUGGGUCUGGGGGAGCAGCUGGAGCCUCACACUGCUCUGUUCCCUCAUGCUGGCCACGUCUCAGGCCCAGGCUAGCUGGCUGCAGCAUGACUUCGGCCACUUGUCAGUCUGCAAGAAAUCCAGUUGGAAUCACGUACUGCAAAAGUUUGUAAUUGGACACCUAAAGGGUGCCUCUGCUAACUGGUGGAACCAUCGUCACUUCCAGCAUCACGCUAAACCCAACGUGUUUAGUAAAGAUCCUGAUGUCAACUCACUGCAUGUCUUCGUCCUGGGAGACAAACAGCCUGUAGAGUAUGGUAUAAAGAAGUUGAAGUACAUGCCCUACCAUCACCAACACCAGUACUUCUUCCUCAUUGGACCUCCACUACUUAUUCCAGUGUAUUUCCACAUCCAGAUAUUGCGGACCAUGUUUUUACGACAGGACUGGGUGGAUCUGGCGUGGUCGAUGAGUUUCUACCUUCGCAUCUUCUGCUGUUACUAUCCCUUCUUUGGUUUCUUUGGCUCAGUAGCAUUGAUCAGCUUCGUCAGGUUUUUGGAAAGCCACUGGUUUGUAUGGGUGACCCAGAUGAAUCACCUUCCUAUGGAGAUGGAUCACGAGCGACACCAGGACUGGCUCACCAUGCAGUUGAGUGCUACUUGCAACAUUGAACAGUCAACCUUCAACGACUGGUUCAGUGGACACCUCAACUUUCAGAUUGAACACCAUCUGUUUCCUACCAUGCCCCGUCAUAACUACCACCUGGUGGCUCCUCUGGUUCGUGCUUUGUGUGAGAAACAUGGAGUUCCCUACCAGGUCAAGACUUUGCAGAAAGGCAUCACUGAUGUUGUCAGGUCACUGAAGAAGUCAGGGGAUCUGUGGCUGGAUGCGUAUCUCCAUAAAUAAAUCCCUUCCUGACUCUGGACGGGAUUUAAUCCAUCGCAGAUUAACGACCUGCGAACAGAGAGGACAUUUCCUGGAUGUUUUUGAUGAUAAUGAUCGCUGCAAACAUCGUGGAUGUUAGCUCAAGCGUAAAUCACCUUUUUAAAAAGUCAAUCACAGUGCACAGGUCUGCAUGUCAAACUUGAUGUCUGGUGUGAAACCUACCCCCCCCCCCCCCCCCCCCCCGCCAUCUUAAUACUGCCUACCAAACAGAGUACUCUAAUGUACAGGUACUAUAUAGUAUACUACAUAUAAUACUACAUAGUAGAGUAAUAGUGUAAUAAAAUAGUGUUAUUUGAUGAUGUUGUUGUGAUGUCGCUGUUUUAAACUUGUUUGGACCCCAGGAAGAGUUGCUGUUAAUGGGGAUCUUAAUUAAUACAAAUAUUCUUAUAUUCUUAUAAUCGGAGUGGCCUGUCUGUGUGGUGGUGAUAUCACUGUGUGGUUUACAUUGCUGUGCGGUAUUUUCUACCAUAGUAUAGUGUUAACUGAGAUUUCAAACAUGUCUUAUACACUGUAAAGAUUUACAUUGUCCUUUUUUUUCUUCUUUCUAAAUACUUUUUUGUUGUUGUAUUAUUUGAGUACAAGCCGAUCAUGUCAGUCAAAGGCAGGACACUCACUGUGCUGUGAAUGUGAGUUGCCUUCACCGAGUUCAGGGUCGUGUUCAGUUGAGAGAAAACGUUUUGAAACAAGGAGGUAUAACCUGAAAUUGUCCAAUAGGAAUAUAGAAUUUUCUGUUGUCCGUAGCAAAACGUUUUGCUACAAUCUGCCCUAUUGAAAGAAAACGAUCCUAGACUAUGU